AUGUCAUGGCAACUGCCGUGCGGCGCGACAAUGCGACCCGCCACUACAGCCGACAUUCCCAGCAUCGUCGACGUCUACAUGGACUCGUUUCGCAACGAAAUCUUUAGCCGGCAAGCCUACCCCCGGGACGCGGCCUCGUCUCUAGCCUACUGGACACGCACCGUGCAAGAAGAAAUGGCUGAGCCCGACGCCGUCUGGUUCGUCGUGGCCGAGCCCGCCGCCGCCGCCGCCAACGGCGACACGGUGCAGGGCUUCCUCAAGUGGACGCUGCCCGGGGCACCGGUCCCAGAACCGGACAGCGACGGUUAUCCGCCCGAGGGCCCGGCAGGCGUGGCGGCCGAGUACUACGCGCGCGUCAUGGGCGCGCACGCUGCGUACAUGGGGAGCACGCCGCACUGGUACCUGGACAUGAUGGGCGUACGGCCGGCGUGCCAGGGGCGGGGAUAUGCAAAGGCGCUGGUGGGAUGGGGGUGUGCGCGGGCGAGAGAGGACGGGUGCGCCGUGUACGUGGACGCGACGGGGGAUGCAAGGGGGUUUUAUGAGAGAAUGGGGUUUGCGAAGCUGGGCGAGGUGGUGACGGUUGGGACGCCACAGGGGGAUGCAGAGGUGUAUCUAAUGCUGUGGAAGCCGUGA